AUGCCAUCUUAUCCAAGUCCAAUACCAGCACCUAUAUUUGAUUCUGAUGAAUCUGAUGUAGCCAGUCAACAAUCCAAUGACAGUAGUAAUUAUUUAUCAUCACAAUUUAAUCAAUAUACACGUUUAUCAUUUUCACCACAAUUAAAUUUAAAUACAACAAGUCAAAUAUUACCAUUAUCAAUAAAUUUUGAUGAUAAUCAAGAUAAUUUUAUAUAUAAUAAUUCCAUAAACAUAGAAUCAACACCAAAAAAAAUUUCGAAUUCAACAAGUAAAAAACGUAAACGUACAAGUGAUAUAUUUGAAUAUCAAACACCAAAUCAAUCACCAUAUACAAGACGUAAAAAUCUUGAUUAUACACAACAAAUAACAAUUCAAACACCUAAAAUUCAACGUCGUUCACGUUAUAAUCAAACACCAAAUACUACUACUACUACGAAUAAUAAUAAUAAUUCAUCAAUAACAUUUACCAAUCUUAUUAAUUUAAAUCCAUUUAAAACCAAACAUCAUUAUUAUACACGUCUUGUUGCUAAAAAUCAAUCAUUAUUAAUACCAUCAUUAAGAAAUUUAUUUAUUCAACGAUAUGAACAAGAAUUUCAUUAUGAAUCAUGUCUUGGUUAUGGUGAAUUUUCACAUGUUUAUUUAUGUACAAAUCGUCUUGAUGGUUUAAAUUAUGCUAUAAAAAUUUCUAAAAAUUCUCUUAUUGGUACAUGUCAUGAACAACAAGCAUGGCGUGAAAUAUGUGCAUAUGCUAGUUUAACAACACAUGACAAUUUAAUACGUUAUUAUUCAGCAUGGAUUGAAACAGAUGGAAGAUUUUUUUUACAAUUAGAAUAUUGUAAUGGUGAAUCAUUAGAAGAUUUAAUUGAAAAAAAUCGUCAGGAAAAAAAAUUUCUUAAUGAUGAUAUAUUAAAAAAUAUUCUUCAUCAAUUAUCUGAUGUAUUAACAUUUAUGCAUGGAAAUGAUUUAGCACAUUUAGAUAUUAAACCAUCAAAUAUAAUGUUAUGUUAUCAUACAGAUAAAGAAAUUAUUUAUAAAUUAACAGAUUUAGGACAUGUUAGUCAAAUAAGUUUAUGUACAAUUGAUAAUGAUGGUGAUUGUCGUUAUUUAGCAUUAGAAAUAUUACAAAAAUCACAUACAAAUAAUAUGUAUUUAGAUAAAUGUGAUAUUUUUUCAUUAGGUUUAACAUUAUAUGUUUGUGCAACAAAUUAUAUUAUGCCAAAACAAGGUAAUGAAUGGCAACAAUUACGAUUAAAUAUUUCACAAUAUUUAUAUUCAAUUACACAAUGUUCAACAAAAUUUAAUGAACUUAUAAUUGAACGUAUGUGUAAUAUUGAUCCUAAACGACGACCAUCUGCUUAUGAAUUAUUACUUGAUCCUCUUGUUAAUCCAGCAACACCAACAAGUCGUGAAUAUCUACGACAUAGUUUAAAACAAGAACGUAAAAAAAAUUUAUUACUAAAUAAAAAGUUACUUGGUCAAUAUCUUAUAACUAAUACAUCAGAUCUUCAAACAUUACCUACAUAUAAUAAUGAUAUGAAUAAUAGUGAUAUACAAUUACAACAAAGUUUUCAUUCACCAAAACAAUCAAUUAUUGUACCACAACAUCAACAUAUAUUAACACCAAAUAAUAAUUCACGAAUAUUAUUAGUUAAUACACCCGGUUGUUCGACAAGUAUUAAUCAAUCAAUUGCAUCACCUGUACCUUGUUCAACAAUAGCAAUGAAACAACAAGUCAAAUUUGCCGGUUCAAGUUCGUUUCGUAAUUGUUAUUCCAAUCUCAUUUAA